CAAAAGAUAAGACGCCCCCCUCCCCCGAUCCUCCCACACAAGCUAGUUUACAAUGGGGUUCGACCUGAAAGCCCGCCUCCGCAGCUACUUUGACAAGUCCAACCCACUACUUAGUGCCCUCAAAUCUAUAUGGACGGUCUACAGAUCCACCGACCAUGAACCGGGGACCUCAGUCCAGCGCCGCGCGUUCGCGCAGUGGUUUACGGAAGUUUCACCGCACUUCAUCGCCUACGAAGACACGACCUCGCUGCCGGCGCUCGCGGCCGCCGCCCACGGGACCGUCCUCGAGCUGGGGCCCGGAUCCGGCAACCAGCUGCAGCGAUACAAGACCGACCGGAUCACCGCCAUCUACGGCGUGGAGCCCAACGCGGCGUUCCGCGCGGCGCUGACUGCCAGGAUCGCGGCGCUGCAGCUGGACGCCCUGUACGUGCCGGUGUUCUGCGACGUCAUGGACCGCGCGGCCCUCGAGAGGCACGGGCUCGUCGCCGAGAGCGUCGACUGCGUGACCAGCUUCGGCGUGCUGUGCUCCGUCGAGCACCCGGAGCAAGUGGUCGCCCAGCUCUGGCGGCUGUUGAAGCCCGGGGGCGAGUUGAUCGUCUGGGAGCACGGCGCGAGUGCGGAUUGGGUUACCUGGGUCGUGCAGAAGAUCUGGAAUCUGGUGUGGCCUGUGGCGUUGGACGGGUGUCGUUUGGAUCGCCCGAUUGCUGAUAUCCUGCUCACGUCGGCGGAUUGGGAGAUUGUGGAGCUAAGGGAGGAGGGCGAGAAGUGGAGUAUGAUGCCGAGGGUCUCGGGGAUAUUGAGGAAGGUGCAGCGGGGGUGAAAUGGUUAUCGAUGUUUGAGGGGCUGGGUGGAAGCGAUUAUAGGCAUGGGGGCUUGUUUUGCCGCUGUAGUCGUGACUACUGCUCAGUGGGAGACGGCGAGGACGAGAUGUGGC